AAAUAAACUGAAUUGUAUUAUCUGUCUUUCUACUUGACAAAGGCUUAUUUACGUACAUAGGUAACUAAACACACAAGACUGCAUGCAUGUGCACCAAUAAAUAUAUACUUAUAGUUUCGAAUGGAAAAAAUCAAAUCUAUUUUCUCGUGAAAGGUGUUGGUGGUUUAUUCUUUGACAUUGUGUUUUUCGGCGUAUGUAACAAGUGGACUUCAUAAACUUUUUGAUUGACAGUGACUUUUCUAUAUCUUUUAUUUUGUCCCCGUCUCCUAUAAGUUGAUGAAUGCUCAGGAAAAUUUCCUCAGUUAUGACUAAAUGAGGACGAUACAGCACUUGAAGCACUUUUUUCCAAGCUCUCUUGUCCGAGUGCUUUGAUGAAGCUGGUUGGUUGAUAUCUAGACUGGAAGUCGCUAUUACUCUAAAGAGAUAUUACUAACGCCUGUGCAAUUAUCUCUCUGAUCCUAACUCUUAAGUUACCCUGAAGUCUUUCCCAGCUGAAGCUAGGGGUUUUAACCAAAAAGGUGACUAUAAAAUGACUAAAAGAAAAUUAGAUGUUGCAAAUACUUCAAAAAAACAAAAAAAUAAUACAGACAUUAACUUAGAAGAAGAUGUUAUUAAGUAUCACUUAAUGCCAUCGUUACAACAUGUAUCAAUGAGCAAUAUAAUAAUUACAUUAUGGAAUCAAGCAGAUAUUAAAUAUCAAAUAGUAAAAUUAUUCAACGAAUAUGAAUAUAACUUUCUUACAAAUAUUUAUAAAUUAUUUUUGAAGAUUGAAGAUAAAGUAUUAGAUCAAGUAUUACAAUUACCUGUACCUGAUUGUAUAAGAAAACUCUUAUCAAAUAUUGUACAUCCUAUAGGGUAUGAAAUAUUUAACUGGAUAGAAUAUCAAGAUCGAUAUAUUUUUAAUACUGAUUAUAGAUAUCAAUAUUCAAAAUCCAUAGCAAUAAAUUAUAUAGAUUAUUUAGUUUGGACAGCAAGAGGUGUAAUAGAUUAUAAAGAGACAGCAAAAACUUUAUUAGCUAAAGAGGAAAAGUUAUUUGAUGGUAACAAAUAUGAUAUUGCUUGUAGCUAUUGUUUGGAAGAUGAUAUAGCAAUUAUUGCCCCCAAGGUUAUCGAUACUACAUUAUCCCUAAGGUGUAUUAAGAGGCAAGCAAUGGUACAUUUUUGGACUGCUCAUAUAACAGGAGAUUUUACUAAAUUAUAUAAGGCGUUUUCUUUUUACAAUAGAAAAUAUAGUACUAAUUAUAGUAUAAAUGAAUGUCUAUUUAAAGAGUUAAUAGAUAAUGAUUGCACAAAUCAAGUAGGAAUAAAAUAUAUCUGGGAUAAACUGAGUAAUGAAGCAAAAGCCAGACAAAUAGUUUCAGCAAUAAAAAAUACACAUAAUACUGAUAUUAGAUGUUUUCUUCUAUCACAAAUAAGUAAAGAACAAGAAAAAGAAGUAUUUAAAACUUAUGAUGCUACGCAAAUACUACUAGGCUUUCUAGAUGAUUGGUUAUGGGGGCAGUAUUUUUUACCUACUAUACAUCACAUAUGGGAUAUAAUAUCUGGAUGUGAUUAUCUUAGUGUAUUAAAAGGUAUUGUGAAUAAAAUGGAAAAAAAUCAUGAAGAUACUGAAAAAUAUAAUCAAUAUAAAUCUAUAUUUAAGGAGUUAUGGCAAUAUGCUCCUAAACAUUUAAAAGAAUAUGUUUUUGAACACAACAAUGGUCAUAGUUGUCAUAGUAUAUUCUCCAGUUUAUUUUGCAAGGAAAAUAUAGAUAUAAUUCAGUCAAUAUUACGUGAUGCUAAUGAUAUACAAAAGAAGAAAAUAAUAUUUUCAAAUUAUGAGGUUGAUAUAUGUCGUUUCCUAAUAACAAGUAAUCAAUGGGAUUUAUUAGAGAUAUUUAUUGAUUAUACUCUUUUUGCUAGAGAAGAUGUAGAGUGCUGUAAACAGGCACUUAUAAAAAAAAAAAGGACGAGAGAUAGCUGUACAUUUUAUACAAAAUAAAGAAUGGAAUAAAGUAGAGCAAUUCCUACAAUGGGCUUUUAAAUCAGAUUAUGAAAUGAAGGAGUUUAAGUCAAAAUUAGCAUAUAGUAAGAUUUGUGAUGAUAUCUUAGAAUCCAUUGUAGCAAAUAACAAAGCAGAUUUUAUGGAGCUAGAGUGUUUUUUAAAAUGGUGUGCUUCGGGUAAUGCAGAAGGAAUUGUUGAGUUAAAAAUAGAAAUACCUCAAUUAUAUUUUGAUGAAGUAAUUUGUAAAUUAAUAGCAGAAGAUAAAUAUGAAUUGUUAGAGCCAAUUUUAAAUUGGUGUUUUAUAAACGACCAAAAGCAAAUUGCUCAGUUUAAACAAAAUUUUUAUUACGAUCAUGGAAAUUUUGAAAUAGUAGGGUUAGUAGUCAAUCUAAUAAAACAAGAUGAUCAAUUACAAUCAUUUAACAAGUUUCUGUAUUAUUGGUGUUCUACUGAUGAAGAAAUAAAUAAGUUUAAAACAUGUAUAUUAUAUCCUGCGGAAGAUACAGUAGGUGUAUGUAUGGAAUUAUUGUGUAAAGAUAUGUUUAAAUUAGCUGAUGAAUUUGUUAGUUGGUGCUGCAAUUCAUCACAGAGACAAAUAGAUAACUUUAAAAACCAGUUAAUGAUUGACUAUUGUAUGGAGUAUCUUUCUGAAGGAGAUGAUCCACGGACAUUCUAUGAAACAAAAUUGCUUAAAUGGUUUAAUCCAUCUAUAGAGACCACUAUAAGAUUUAAAGAAAAAUUUAUAAAUUUUUAUUGGUUUAAAGACGUUUUACCUGCAUUAGAUAAUUAUAUCAAAGAACAAGAAUAUAAUCAAGAUAAAGCUAUAAACAAGGAUAUAAAUAAUAUUUUACACGAUUUAAUAUCAAUUGUGGAAAACCAAGACCACGAUAUUAUGCAUUGCAAUGAUGAUGUAACGGUAUGUCUUGUACUGAAAAUGCAAGUGUAAUAUUAUAACUCAAACUAUUAUGGAAUGUCUGUAGUUUCAAAAAUAUUUGUUCCUAGUGUUAGCAAAGGUUACGUAAUAAUAUUUUAAUAAAUUGGAAUCAAAAGAUAUUUGCAACCAUCCGCUACUUUUAAAUUAUUUAAACAAAUUUAUAACUGGUCAGAGAGACAGAUUAUUAUGCUUUCAAAAAUUCUACUAGCUUUAAAAUGUUUUGCUUUAGUUAACUAUCAAUAAAAAAAAAAAUCUUUCACGAAACUCUCAAACAAGAUGCAAGAAUGUGGGAUAGAAUUUGUUUUAAGUUCUAAAUAUAUUAAAACUACUAAAGAAUUCUAAUACUAAUUUUAGGCCGGGAUAUCCUGGUCGGUAGGGCGCUGGGCCCAAGUCCAAGAGUUCGUGGGUUCGAA